UGAACACACAAAUAGUAAUUUUCCGUGAAGCACUUUUUAUAUAAAGCACGAUGCCACAGUCAUAUAAGAAUCAAUUUUAACGGAAGUCAGUUAUUCUCGUAUAUACAGUUGUCCUCAUCACCCGCCCGUUUGAGUUCGCAAUUAUGUUAGCAAUUCACAAAUACGUCAUCGUUGCACUACUAUUAUAUUCAUGCAAGUGCGAAGUCGAUGAUCAAUACUAUCCACGAUACCAUUUAGCACCGCCGUCUGGAUGGAUGAACGACCCCAACGGAUUCUGCUUUUUCAAAGGUGAAUACCAUCUCUUUUACCAAUAUAAUCCUGAUAGUAGCCAAGAGCCUGGCAUUGCACAUUGGGGACAUGCCAUAAGCAAGGACCUAUUUACAUGGGAACACUUACCUAUAGCCAUGUAUCCAGACCAAUGGUACGAUAAAUCUGGAGUGUUUUCUGGCAGUGCGAUUGUAGAAAAUGAUACAAUGUACCUAUUAUACACUGGAAACCUAAACCAUCCCGAUGCAAGCCUAGACCACGAACAACACCAAGCUUUAGCAUUUAGUAUCGACGGAGAAAGUGUGUCCAAAUAUGAAGAGAAUCCAGUAAUUGACGCUCCGGAAUACCAACCAAAUAUACGCGAUCCUAAAGUUUGGAAAAAUGGAGACACAUUCUACAUGGUUCUUGGUAAUUCCUUUGAGAAUGAAACUCUUGGACGUGCUUUGCUUUAUUCUUCUGCCGAUCUUAAAUCCUGGGAUCUGGUUUCUAUACUCGACAAAUCAAACGGUUCCCUUGGCUACAUGUGGGAAUGUCCAGAUUUUUUCGAGAUCGAUGGUAAAUUUGUGCUGCUCUUCUCCCCGCAAGGUGUAAAGCCUCAAGGUGAUAAAUAUAAUAAUUUGUAUCAGACAGGUUACAUAGUCGGGAACUUUGAUUACGAUACUUAUAAUUUUACUCCGUUAACUGAAUUCGUGGAACUCGACCAUGGCCAUGAUUUCUAUGCAACUCAAACUAUUUUGGACGCCUUCAACCGACGGUUACUAGUUGCUUGGAUGGAUAUGUGGGAACAGAACUAUCCAGAAAGGGAUGAUGGCUGGACUGGUCAGAUGACUAUAGUAAGAGAACUCUCUCUGUCUAAAGAUAAUCAUCUUAUACAAAAACCCGUAGCGGAGAUUAUAUUGGCACGUGGUCGAUUGUUAUACACAGCAAGAAGAACUAAAGGGAGCAAACGUAUCGAAUUAACUGAGAAAACAGGAGAAAUAAGGAUCAAAUCUAAGGCGUCAAAAGAUCUAAAUUUAUUUAUUGAAUCAAAGAAUCAGUCAGUGAAGAUAAGUUACGAUCAUAAACAAGGUUUGAUCAGUCUCGAUCGGGGUGGCCAUGAUGGUUUAAGACGAACAGGAUGGAAACCAAUAAGAAAACUUAAGUUAAAAAUUUACGUCGAUGCCAGUUCAAUCGAAGUAUUUUGUGGACGUGGAGAGGUUACUUUUUCGAGUAGAUUCUUCCCUGAGGACAAAGUAUUUGUGCGACUUCGCGAAGAUACAGAAGCUGAAGAAAUGACAGUUUCAUCUAUGCGAAGAACCGUAGAGAAACCUGAUUCUAAUAAUUAAACACACAUUCAAUAUUUUAUUGUAAGUACACUAUUUUGACUUAAUUGUGGUCCUAAAACCUUUAAAAUUCCUAUGUAGCAAUAGGUUAAUUUUUGUUUGAAUAAAUAUAUUAUUUUCUGCUGAAAAUAAUUUUACCUGAAAAUAAUCAUUUUACCAAUUAAAUUAAAUACACUAAA